AUGUUUAAGAAAAGAAAAGUGGCAAAAGCUGCCGGGCGGAGUGUUCAAGGAGAAGAAGACGAGCUUUCGGAUCAAGCUGAGGCCGUAAAAGCACCUGUUGCCAAAGCGGCUCGGGUCGACACUGUGUUCAGCCAACCGCCAGCUCCAUCCGACACCGAGCCCAAUUGCGACGAAUUGGAGGUGAAAAAGGCGGCCGAAGUUAAGCCAGCCGGCACGUACAAAGGGCUUAAAAAGACAAACCGCUACGGACCUAUCGCUGCGUCGAAAUCAAUCAGAUCAACUGUGGUCACGGACUACCAGCCAGACGUGUGUAAGGACUAUAAACAAACUGGCUAUUGUGGCUAUGGAGAUUCUUGUAAGUUUUUACACAUUCGCGAAGACUACGCGGCAGGCUGGCAGCUGGACGACGCCAAACCAAAGCCCCAGCCAGCGCACAAGGUGCAGACGGCUCAGCCUACGCGACAACCGGACGAGACCAAAUGCGGAAUCUGUUCACGUCCACUUAAUACACCAGUAAAAACCCGUUGUGGGCACUUUUUCUGUGAAGAAUGCUUUCUUGCCCGAAAUAAAAAGACAGCCAGCUGCGCAGUAUGUGGCAAGAACACAGACGGUAUAAUAAAGCGUGUCAAGUAG